AAAGAGCGAACAAACAUGUCUAGUUUCUUGCUAAGAUUAUCAGCCUUUUUCAUGUUUCUUUUAAAUGUCGCCAGCUACAGUUCUUGCCAUUUUGCUUACCCUCCAAACUACGACAGGGAAAAAGGUCUUSUUUUUGACUUUUAUCCUGCUCAAAAGCUUUCCCUUCCAAAGGGAGCAAUGAAGAAAACCAAGUAUGUUGCCGAUAACAUGGAAUGUGUGUUCGCAUGCAUGGGUGUCCAUUGGUGCCGUUCRAUCAAUUUUAAAAUCGCWCCUCGAUCUAACGGUCUCCACGCCUGUCAACUGAUUUCAUCUGAACAGUUCGCUGGGAAAGAGUACAUGGAACCAAGUAAAGCGUACAACCAUUAUAGCGUGAAGAAUCCAUGCCAAGAAACGCCCUGUCGUAAUGGCGGCAAGUGCGUUUUGCAGGAGAACAGGCAGCAUUCUCACUGCGAAUGCAACAAGGGAUUUGGUGGAGAAAACUGCGAAAAGGUCCAUGGAAAUUGGUCAACCUGGACAUCUUGGGAACGUUGUUCAGUCACGUGUGGUGGAGGCGACCAAUCACGAUCAAGAACAUGUACAAAUCCUGCGCCAGCCAAUGGUGGUGAAAAUUGCACUGGAAACGACAAAGAAUCAAGGAAAUGCAAUCCAAGCAAAUGCCCAGCAAAUUGUGUUGAAGUUCUUCAAAAUGGCUACAAGCAAAGUGGGUUGUACAAUGUGUAUCCCGACAGUAACGGAGGUUUUCAGGUUUACUGUGACCAGAAGACUGCAGGGGGAGGAUGGACAGUCUUCCAGAGAAGAAAAGACGGUUCGGUGGACUUUUACCGAGGAUGGAAUGACUAUAAGAAUGGUUUUGGAGAUCGUUAUGGUGAGAGCUGGCUUGGUCUUGACAAGAUCCACCGACUAACGAAAGCAAUACCAAACCGUCUUCGUGUUGACUUAGAAGAUAAACAAGGAAAACGUGCUUAUGCCGAGUACGACAAGUUCACAGUGUCUGGAGAAUCAAACAAGUACAAGCUGAGCCUUGCAUCAUACUCAGGUACAGCUGGUGAUCUAAUUACAUAUCAUAACGACAUGAAAUUCACAACCAAAGAUAGUGACAACGAUGAAUAUGGCGGCAACAACUGUGCUAUAGUUUACGAAGGGGCCUGGUGGUACAAGGCUUGCUAUCACUCAAACCUUAACGGCAAAUACUUUUUAAAGGGCACUAAUGAUGGCACCUUCUAUGGGAGUAGUUCUCUCAGAGGAUCUGAAAUGAAAAUAAAACCAGUGUAACCUGUAGAGGAUGGAAUUAUCGGCUAUAUAUUGUCCAACGGCAACGUUUCACAUAGUUUUUUAGGAAACAACAUUUAUAUCUGUUGUUCACGGCAAAUAGAAUGCUACUAGUUGCACCUUUGCAUAAUUUUGUUCAGAAGUACUAUCAGUCAUGCUAGUAUUUUUAACUUUUUUCAGUAUUGAAUAAGUCAUAAUGUGGAGGGUAUAGCUGAGCUAUUUUUCAGAGUCCCUCGCAACUCCCCGGUACACGUAUAUAUCUUGUAAUGUUUACUUAUGCAUGCAGUAAACAACCUAUUACUAAAACUUAAACCAACAAGGGGAGACUA